AUGCGGUGCUGCCAUAUCCAUAUUGUGCUGCCAUACCCGUGUUGGCAUGAGGUGCAAGGCAUGAUGUGCAAGACAGGCGUAACGCUGCAAGUAGCCCAUAGUGAAUCCAUCGUCCUUUUCUCUGCUCUCCCAACACCACCUAGAAACUUGCUUGUUCCUGCACAUCCCAAGGAGCAGCAGGAGGCACCACCUGCAGAGGAGCCCGGCGUGGCAGAUGCAGAGGAGAUUGCAUCGGGGUAUGCUGCGUCAUCUGCCCAGCUGCACCAUGCGAGGAAGACAGAGGAGGAUCAGGUGAAGGAUAAGACGAGCGAUGCGAGGCAGUACCUGACUGUUGGGUUGGGCGCGCUGACGGCGAUGAGUCCGGGGUGGUUUGGAGUGGUGAUACAGCAGGGGGUGAGUGCUGCAAACAGGGAGGCUUUGGCGCAGUUCUGUGCUGGUUAUGGGGUAACAUUUGCAUGA